AUGUCUCUGCUGUCCCUCAGGGAGAAGAAUGUUGGCUGUGUUGGGAACAUGGUAUUGGCAGGCAGGAUGACUGCUCUCUCUGGUGGUGUUUAUGUGCAUCACUUUAAGCGCAGGCAAGGAGAGCAUGUACUCAUCAUACUGCUAGUCGGGGACAGAGAGGUGAUCAGUGACCAGGACUCCAGGUUCAUUGGUAUAGCUGCUGGAUACGUCACCGAGAUCACAAACACAGGAGUGACAUGUUCUUUGGAUAAAAAUCUCUCUAAGAAUUCUUCAGAUAUGGUAUUCCGUCUGGGUCAAGAUGAGGGCACUGGAGGCUUGAGCACUCAUCUUGGAAACCUCUCCAUGCUGAUGGAGAACUCGCCAAAUAGUGAAAGGCUGAGGCAGCUCAUUGUGGAGUUUAAGCCUCCUCAGUUCAUCGAUAGCCUCAGCAGUGUGCUGCCCCGAGAGGCCAAGGACACUGUAGCCAACAUUCUGAAAGGGCGCAACAAACCUCAAAAGCAGGCCAUGAAAAAGGUACUGUUGUCCAGAGACUACACGCUUAUAGUUGGAAUGGCUGGCACUGGGAAAACUACCACCAUUUGCUCUUCCGAGCGUAUUCUGCACGCCUGUGGCUUCAGCGUGCUCCUGACCAGCUAUACUCAUUCAGCAGUAGACAACAUUUUGCUGAAGCUGAAGAAGUUUAAGGUAGGCUUCCUGCGCCUGGGCCGAGCUCAGAAAGUGCACUGUGACAUCUUGCCCUUCACCGAGGAGCAGAAUCGGACCAAGGGAAUCAACACCCUUGAGCAGCUGGAGGAUCUCUAUAACCAAGAGCUUGUUGUAGCCACUACAUGUAUGGGUGUGAAGCACCCAAUCUUCAGCCGACGGCGCUUUGAUUUCUGCAUUGUGGAUGAGGCGUCUCAGAUCAGCCAGCCUGUGUGCUUAGGACCACUCUUCUAUGCCCAGCGGUUUGUUCUUGUAGGGGAUCACCAGCAGCUGCCCCCCAUUGUCCAAAAUGCUGAGGCCAGCUGGGAGAGCUGCUGAAAGACUGGAGAAGGCUGAAUGUGGCCAUUACCAGAGCCAAGCAUAAGCUACUGAUGCUGGGAUCGGCUCCUACGCUGCGUCUCUAUGCUCCACUGGAGAAACUUCUCACUCACAUGCAGCAGGAGAACAUGAUAUCCUUUACACGUGGCUCUGCUUUUUUUAGUCACUCAGGGUCUUCUUUAAUAUAUACUGUACCAUCCAGUACAUGGUAAAGUUAAAAUGGAGAAGGUCUAGUUAUCAUCGUUAUGUAGGCUGACUUGUAACUGAUGGUUAAAUAACCAUUUAAAGUAGCAGUUUGUAGUAUUUAGAAUAAUUUUGGAAUGGUUUCAUUGAAAUGACAAACCUUCCUCUUCCCUCCUGCCAAUGCCACCACUCAUUGAAAUCUGCCUAAGGUGGGACGGAGCUAAUUUCGAGCCCAGGAGAAAAAAGUCAACAGAAUUCUUAAAUGAAGAAACUAGUGUGAAUGGUUUUGUAUAUUAUUGUAAAUAACACUUUUUUGUAUGUAAUUCUUACCUCAUUUUAGUGUUUUCACAUGCUUUUAUUCAGAUGAAAAAUCUUUUAUUUUUAUUUUUUUACAGAUAUUCUGAGCCAAGUAUUUUGUAUGUAAAUAGUCUUGUAGAUUUUUUUGUGUUUUUUCCUGUAAUAAAGUUAUUUAAGUA